CACAGCGGCGAGUAGGAUCACGAAUUGGAUGGGAACCCUUGUACAAGUACUUGCCACGGACUCAGCUGGCUGUCAUUCCGUGCCCCAGCAUGGCGCCGCAGCCUCGAGACGCCAGCUCCGCCUGCCCCCAUAGGCGGCGCUCGCGCUUUUUGCCAGACUUUGAGUCUGUUGCCGCUAUUUGACUCGAGUUCCUACAUAGCCUUGUUGUGUCCCAUCCCCGAUUAGCUUUGCUUGUCCUUUCUUCCACCCCCCCUUUUGUUGUUAUACAUGACCUGAACCCCAGCCUGCGCGUCUAGUCUAUCCGUGCUUUGUCAACUACACCAACGUCCUCUUUUAACCGUUGGUUCCUGUGAGGCUGAGACCUGCUUUCUGUUGGUUGUUUAGUUUAGUACUCCAACGAGCGCCCAUCCCUCACUCUAGCCGAAGUCUCGCCUGCUAUUACUGCUUCUCUUCUGCCUAAUACCUCUCUUGAGUCUUGGUUUUGGCACAGAAGCUCUCAGCACACUCUUCACUAACUCUACGAACAAUUGUUCCCAUGAUACCAGAGUAGCCGGAUUCUGUCACCUCUUCUGCAACAGUGGCUCCUCUGGGUUCGGGCAUCGAGCGGCCCUAGUUGCAAAGCAUUUGCUACAUACAGUCCUUUCCGAACGUACUUGAACCCGGCCUUGUCGGCAAUCUCUACACAACAUGGCUAGCUUACGAAAUAUUAUGAAUGACGACGACGGUGGUGAUCAACAGCAACAUAUUCGUCAAGAACAGCCGCCAUAUCCUGGCAUGCAGCACCACGCCCACCCCCACGCUGGUUCGUCUUCAGCCGGAUAUCCAGCAAUCCAAGAGCACCCCAUGUACCCGGUGUCAAUGCCGCCUACUUCCCGCCGCGGUUCACAGUACAGCGUUCAUUCUCAAGGGCACGAGUACCAUCCUCAUCCUGGGCACCAUGCGAUGGCUUCAUCUAGCCGUCACAAUAGCGCAAGCGGAGAGAUGAUGGAGUACGACUACAGCCAUCCGCCAGUAUACGGGCAGCAACCCACCUAUGGGUCCUCCUCGCCAAUGCGCCCAGGAGCCUUCGUCCCUAAUCCUGCAGAUCUUCCCGUAAAGCGCACGCCCAUCACUGGUCGUGUAAGCCGCGCAAAGAAGGGUGUGCCAGUUCAUACCUGUGACCUUUGCCGGCCACCCAAAACAUUCACCCGCGCAGAACACCUCCGACGGCAUCAACUGAGCCACCAGCCUCCAGGCCUAACUUGUCCUGUUCCUGGUUGCAACAAGGUCUUUCACAGAAAAGAUCUGCUAGAUCGUCACCAACAACGACACGACCAAGACGAUCGGUCUCCGGGUAGCGCUGACAGCGCACACACAUCACCACAUGGACGAGAGUACAGCAGUUCUCCGAGGUCCUCGCAUCAACACAUGCCUUCACUUGGAGUGGCCACAUGCUAAAACGGCGGUCGGAGCUAUGAACACCGGCUCUGGACGAAUGGACCGACCAGAUAUACAUCAACACCAGCAAACCCGACCUUUGGUGCCAAUGCAAAACACCUACGGAAUGGACACUCGGAUCCAGCAUAGUCCAGAGGGACUACAAACGACGGCCGCUAUAGUGAAGAGUUCAGAGAUCUCCAGCAAACCGGUAGGCAAUCAACCUCCGCCAUCAUGGCAAGAGAGUCCAGAGAUAUCUUCCACAACCGGCAGUAGCUUUUCAACACCAUCCGACAUCGUAGCCCUCGUUCAAAAACCCCAAUCCCGAUCUUCAAGCACCGAUUGGGAAGUUCGACGCAACUCCGUGUUGUUUCGAUCUCCCACGGCCAUUCCUGCCUACACAUCUAACAGUCAAAGUGUGAGACCAGGUGCAACCGCCAUCAACACCUAUGCUACCUCCUCAACAACGCUGGAUCAAUCCCUGAGAGAUGUAUUUCAAGAACGCAGCGCUUCCAUCACAUCGUCUCUCCGCACUCCCAUGUUUGGAGGCGCCGGUUUACCAAUUACGGCGACAUCUUCAGGGAUGCUACUUGCCGCACCUCCCCCAGUAUCUCCAGCGCUGUCGGUAUUUUCUGGCUUAACCUUACCUGUCCCAGCUGUCCACAAUGCUGGCUUCGCAUUUAUGGAACCGUUGUCUACCACGUUGAAGCAGUCGCUGCGCGAGUCAAUACCCAUUUAUAUCGAUGUAUAUUGGGACAAGGUCAAUGCCAUGUAUCCCAUCAUCCACCGCCCGUCGUUCAAAGAAGCAAAGCUCGUGGAUAAUGAACCUGUUAGCACUCUGCAUUGUGCCAUGGCUGCAGUGGCGACUCAGUUCCUUUCCCAUGAAGAUCACCGCAUCAACGGCAACCAGCUGCACAUGUACACUUCUCAGAAGCUCAGAGAAGCGUUUGGUAUGACCCUUUCACACUCGACUCAUCCCCGGCCAGAGGAAUUCACAGCCUUUAAUGAGCAAACGUGGCCUAUGGAUCUUCUACAAGCCACAAUACUCUUUGAAUACUACUCGAGAUUCCGCGGUCGGGAUAAGGACGCCUACAAACCGUCUGCACUAUUCCAGCUAGUGUACUACAAGUUAACGCAUGACCAAGCCGUGCUUGAAACUGAUUUCCAGUCUUCGAUGACCUGGGACCAAUGGAUUGACAUGGAGUCCCGGCGCAGACUUAUUUCCGCCUGCUUCCUGCUUGAUGUGCACAGCAUGCGCUACUUUGAACAGCAGCAGUCGUGCCCCAUUGCCUUCCAAUACACCCAACCAGAAACCAUGCCAGUGUAUCUCUUCACCCGCUCCAAGGCAGCCUGGGAAGCAUCUAGCAUAAAGAAGUGGAGAUCCAUGCACACUGCCAGCCAUCACGCACAAAUAGUCGGCGAGGUUCUGUCCCAGAGUCCCGCCACUAUCAGAGAGUAUCAAUCCUGCCCAUUCGAUGCGUCUAUUCUGCUAUCAGCGCAUGUGUUGCAGUUACCUCCGCGGGCGAGCGCAACCCGUCUUGAUCUGAUUGCAGAUGCCUCAACAGUCGAUAUUGACUCCUUCACCAUGGCCGAUAUAUUCUCGGACUCUGCUGUUGCAUUUACAUAUCUUGCACUACACUUUGCACCGCUGCACGUCGUCUUGUCUGUUUCAGGAGACAGCUGGGUCUUCAACCGCAAGGUUCUACGCGCUGCAUCCUUUGCUCAGCACCAGAAGCAGCUCGCCACAUGGCGCGAUUCGGGCAGUGCCAACGUCGCAGUCGCCUUUGCUGCGCGUGCUCUGCGCAUCUUCCUAGGCAUCUACCUGGAUGACAAGUCGGUUGCCAAGUCUCAGACUAGCAGUAUCCUAGGCCGCGACAUCUCCGACUUUUGGGGCAUCUACGUGUGCUCACUCAUAUGUUGGGCAUUUGGCCAUGCCGGCCGCGACUGCGCAGCUAGCGGUGGCCCGUCACGGAGCGCUGCACUGCACUGGCUUCAUGCGGCGUCUGGUACGCAACCUGGGCAGAUUGCUCGUCUAUCUGGACGACGAAACGCACAGGGAGCCGUAGGAUUGGCCAGGGAGCUGUUGGAAAGGGAUUGUCUCGGUGGAAGAAGCAUCUUAUUGGCAGAUGCCGUUGGGGUGCUGCGUAAGCUUGAGGACGGGGACACUUGUAAGCGCUUUUAGUCACUUGCGGAUUGCUGCUGCUCUGUUUUUUCUUCUGUAUUGGUACGCCAGCAUAAUGAUGAUGAAUUACGAUAGUUUCCCUUGCCCUGAAAGUACUAGUUCUGGGAGGACCUAGUCCUAAUACAAUACACGGUCUCGUUGAAACAAGCGCUUUUGUACAAUACGUAAAUGGUUUUUUGAUUGAUUGAAAUCUGCUAGCAUAGCAAAAGAUUACAUUGAUUUUUGAGUAUCGAAAGUAAAAAGCAUAUAGCGGGAAACAACCGUGUCCGUAGAAAAAAUAAAAGAAAUAAAGGGCGAUUAAGACAAAAGUAGAAACCAUCCGAAAUGAAUGGGCAGGCUCACUCACUCACAUCAUCCACACCGCGCCCGCCCACCUCUUUCGGAAAUGACGAAUUAACCUCCAAGCCAAGUGCCGGCUGCAUAACCUGACUCAGUACCAUUCCCCCCUCCCCUCCAUGUAUCGGGCUUUUACCUUCCGUAGGGGUGGAAUCCACGGCUGCCUCCACGGCCGCCGCCGCGAUAGUUGGCUCCUGGACGGCCAGCGUUCUUGGGUCCGGUCGGUGCGUUGGCAGGAGGUGCGUGCUGAGGGUCGGGCGUUCCCUGGUUGCUGCUGCUUGCACCUUGAGACUGGUCAUCAUACCCGCCCUCCCAGCCGACGUUGCCGCCACCGCCGCCAUUGUAGCCUCCUCGGCCACCUCGUCGACCACCUGGGCCUCCCUGGUGGCCGCCUUGCUGCUGGCUCGGGUCAAAGUUGCCAUCAAAGUUUCCGCCGUUGCCCUGUUGCAUCAUUUGCUGCUGCUGUUGCAUCUGCAUUUGCUGCAUUUGUUGCAUUUGCUGCAUCAUUUGGGGGUUCAUCUGCUGGCCAUUCAUCAUAUUACCACCGUUGCCACGGCCCAUCAUUUGCAUUUGUUGCAUCUGCUGCAUCUGCAUCUGUUGCCACAUGGCGGGAUUCAUAUUUCUCAUAGCCAUCUGCGACUGCAUCAUGGCAAAGUACUGCUGCAUGCGUUGGAAGUGUUGCGCCAUGGCUUGUGGCGUCAUGCUACUGUUGGCACCUAUCUGCUGCAUGUUGUUUUGCUGAUCGUCCUUGCGGAACUUAUUACGCUUCGCAGCGUCAUCCUCCUGCAAGUUGCCUCGCGGUUGGGCUCGCUUCACCUCAACUGGCUUGCCAUGAAUCUCGAGGGGAAUAUCAAUGCAGGCGUCAACACCAGCCUCGUUCUCAAAGGUGACGAAGCCAAAGCCUCGGGGGCGUCCAGUGUCCUUGUCCAUCAUAAGAGUUGCGUCAACAACGCGACCGAAUUGAGCAAAGAACUCUCUGAAUUCUUGGUCUGUCGUAUCUUGGCUAACACCUCCUACAAAGAUUUUGCUAGUCUUUUCCUGCUCAUCUCUUGGGAUAGCGCGCUUAGGAUCAAUCUAUUCCGACAAGUAUAAGCACGAGUGUACGACCGGUUUAACGGUAAAAAGAAAACACUUACAAUCUUUCCAUCGAGGAAAUGCUCCUUGACCAUGACGAUAUUAACAGUCUUGGCAUCCUUGAAUGUGAGGAAGCCAAAGCCUCUUGAUCGUCCUGUGGCGCCAUCGCGCAUAACAGUGCACUCAACAACUUCGCCAAAGUUCUCGAAGUAUUCGCGGAGUGAUUCUACGAAUUAUUAGUACGAUAUUAAAAGAUCCAUCUGUAGUCCCAACUCACGAUCUGUCGUCUCCCAGUUUAGUCCACCAAUAAACAUUUUGCUACAUCAAGAAACAUGUUAGUAAAUCAAAUAGUGUAAACCACAUGGUUUAAUUGGAGUGAUGCAGUCGAAGAAGUAAUAACUAUGUCGAAGUUGGCGAGGCAUGGGUGGAGUAACAAGGCUGAGGAACGGCUCUGAGAGGACCUGCAGAUUGGACUCCAUUGUGCAUAGUAUUAUUAUACAGAAUUGAAGCACAAUCUGGUUGUUGGCAGUCUCUUCGCCAGUGAUGUUGAUUUGGAGGUUGAGUUGAGGUUCCGUUGUGCCCUCAACCAGGCGAAAGCAGGAAGAGGGUCGUCUUGGUGGCUUAACAAUGACAAAGAUUUCAAGUCAAAUAUUCCAUAUCCCAAGUGUUGUCGGAUAUCCUUGUUUUCUUGUAUCUUUUCUCUUGAUCUGUCUUUGGCUAUCGGCUUGACUGUUUGAUCUGACUGUCUCUGGCUAGAUAGUUGCUGAUAUAAUGCUAAUAUCUGCGAUGUCUAAGAGUCCAGCAAUGAGGCGCUGUGGAUACAGUGGAUUAUUCAUUGUGUAUAUCCAACUUGAUAUAUCCCUCAUUUAGUCUCAAGAUCAACCAAGGUCGGACAUUUCGCCUUUGGCAAAACUGCCAUCAACCUCCGGCUGCGUCCCUCAGCAGCGCGUUUAGCCCGUCAUGCGCUCAUCCAGUGCCGAUUGAGACCUCUCCCUCAUAAGAACUGCACGUUCUUCUAAGCGGAUAUGAAGGCGCACGGUUCGAGUCACCGACCGAAAGGCUCUUGCUUGGCAACCCAAGAAAACUAGAUGGCUGUACCACCUCGGGCCAUAGUAAACACGCACAGAUGGUGGCUGCCCGUUUCCCAACACAUGACUGUUGUACUACAAAUUCGACGCACAUUCGCAAUAAUUGAACUUACCCGUCUUCCUUUGAUUGAGACUUUUGUACAGGUCCGGAGUUAUCAGCAGCAGGAUCGUAUUCAUCCUCUGCUUCUGCUUGUUCUUGUUGUGGUGGUUGUUGUGUUACUUGGUUGGCGCUGGAUGAUCCGCCGCCAAGGUUGAAGUCGACAUCAUCGUCAUCGUCGUCAUCGUCCAUGUCAUCCCCUUGGGUGUUUACAUUCUCGCUAUGGCUGGCACCAGCGGCCUGUUGUUGAGGUGCUGGUUCUGCAGGCUUGGUCUCGGCAGCGGGCGCUGGGGCGACCUUGGAUGUGUCAUUAUCGUCGUAGCUAUUAUAGAGCGGUUAGAUUGGAUGGUUCAAGGCAAAUUGCGCUGGUAUUUUCGGAUUAAACCUACAGAUCGGCAAAGAGCUCAUCCUCAAAGUUGUCGCCGUCCGCCAUGAUUGCUACCGGUCGGAUAGUUUGCUAAAAUGUUAAUGUUGAUAAAUGGAAGAAAGAAAUCCUCCUCUUGCAGUAAUAUCCUCAGAAUUCGCUUGCAAUGGAUACCAACAGAUACACAAUACUGAUGGCAAAGCAAAGGGAUGAGGUUACGUUUGCACUAUUUUGAUGAGCUUGGGAACUGCG